GUAGCUACACGGAAUGUAUCUAUGAACGAAUCAAACAUCGUUGAGCGGUGCACUACUGGACAUUUUAUGUAGCUUUUGUUUUCUUUCAUUUUUCCUGCUGUAGUGUGGUCAUAAUGUCGGACGAGGAAGAGGAUUAUAUGUCUGACGCUUUUCUCAAUAAAAUACAAGAUGUGAAGCCUGGAGUCAACAUGGUGAGGCGGGUAAAAGAGGCAAUGAAGAAGGAGACGAAGCAGAAGGAGAAGAACAUUCAGAGCCGACAGAAGACCUACAAGGAGCAGGAACAUGAAAGUCGAGAAGCAGCUCUGCAGAGUUCAGUCAGCAGUGAGAACAAGGGAUUUGCACUUUUGCAGAAAAUGGGUUACAAAGCUGGUCAAGGCCUCGGGAAGAAAGGAGCGGGAAGGGUUGAUCCAAUUCCCCUAAGCAUCAAAACCGACAGAGGUGGCAUUGGAAUGGAAGAGGUAAAGAAAAGAAAAGCUGAGGAGGAACUUGAACAUUAUCGACAGAAGGUUCGAGCCAAACAACAGAAUGAGACCCGAUCUCUGGAAGAUUUUAGGUCAAGGGUGAGGACAGAGCGAGAGGAGCGCAAGAUUGAAGCAGAUUUCAGAAAGAGUCAGCGAGCCUGUGAGCAACUUGACACUCAGAAGAACAUCACUAUCCCCAGAGAAGACUGGUACUGGCCAAAAGUAGAUGCUGAGGAAGAGGAAGAGGAAGAGGAAGAUGCUAAUGAAGAGGAGAGUGAGGAAGAGGAGAUUGCGGAAUUAACAGCAUUUGACAAACUACAAAUUUUGACAUCCUAUUUGAGAGGAGUCCAUUUUUACUGCACAUGGUGUGGGACAACGUAUAAUGAUGAAGAUGACUUGUGCUCCAAUUGUCCUGGGGAUACAGCAGCAGACCAUGAAUGAAUGCUGCAGUACCUUUUGGUGAAUUUGUCCCAGCAGGAAACAACAUUUUACAGUGUGAAACAGGCUGAUUGUAACAUAACAUAGCAAUCAGAAUAGAUGCAGGAUAUAUUACCAUCUCAUUUAAAUUAGCUGUCCAUCUCUGGAAGACCAUCACUGUCUAUGAUGUUCAGGAGUUGCAGUCUUCAAUUUCUUUCUCCAUUAGAACUUUGUGAUACCUUUUUUAAUAUUUAUGUUUUGAAAUGUGUUUUCAUUAAAUGUUUAAA